GGAAGAGGGAGAAAACAAACAAACCACUCUUUAUAACAACAACAACAACUAUCUGAGAUUAAAUGUGUGUAGCCUUAUUUCCUCCUUAUUUGUAAAAUUUAUUUAUUUCAUUUCUUCUUCUUCUUUUACUCUUUUCUUUAUUUUUAAAAAUGAAUUCAUGGAAACUGCCUGGUGUUAGAAGAAAUAAGGAAACGAACAAUACAAUUACAGCCAAUAACACAAUCAUAAACAAUAAGACUGCGAAUACCGGUUCAUCAUCACAAUCAUCUAGUACAAAUGAACCCAAGAAUGGUGUCUUAUUGAUUCGUGUAUGUGAAGCUCGAGGCAUUAGCCCACCUGCAAAUAUUACAUUACCUUCUGUUCCACCUCAGCCUGUUCAUCAGAACCGCAACCGUGAUUCUCUUACUCGUAAACAAAACUGGUGGUUACCCUAUGUUGUAUUAGAAUUUGAUAAGAAUGAAAUAUUAAUUGACGCCUUGGGAGGAGAUACAGCAAAUCCUAUUUAUCAGCACCGAGCCAACUUCGAUGUUUCUCGUAGCUCAGAGGUAUCCAUUUCAAUCUAUAUGCGUCAUCCUCCUACUCAAGGAGAGAGUACAUCUCGUACAACAAAUGAUUUCUUCCUUGGAGGUGUCAAGAUUCAACCCAACUUUGGUUCAACCAAGAUUGAAGAUCAAGUCUUAAACAUUGUUGGUGGCACGGGCAUGAUGCAUAUCCAACUCUGUUAUAGACCACAGCAGCAAAGUGCGCCUAUUACGUUUGAUUCAUUUGAACUGUUGAGAGUGAUUGGAAGAGGUAGCUUUGGAAAGGUGUACGUUGUACGUAAGAAGGAUACGAAUCGAAUUUAUGCUAUGAAAGUACUUCGUAAAUCGCGUAUCAUUUCUCGAUCAGAAGUAACGCAUACGAUGGCAGAGAAGACAGUAUUAGCUCAGAUUAGAAAUCCAUUCAUCGUUCCUCUCAAGUUUGCCUUCCAAAGUCCAGAUAAACUCUAUCUCGUCUUGGCUUUUAUUAAUGGAGGUGAAUUGUUUCAUCAUUUACAAUUAGAAGGCAAAUUCAGUGAAGAGAGGUCUCGAUUUUAUACAGCCGAACUCCUGAGUGCAUUAGAAUGUCUUCACGACUUUAAUGUUGUCUAUCGUGAUCUUAAACCAGAGAAUAUCUUGAUUGAUUACAAUGGACAUAUUGCCCUGUGUGAUUUUGGUCUUUGCAAGUUAAACAUGAGUGAAAAUGAGCGUACGAAUACAUUUUGUGGUACACCAGAGUACCUUGCACCUGAGCUAUUACUUGGGCAAGGAUAUACCAAGACAGUAGACUGGUGGACAUUAGGUGUGUUACUUUAUGAGAUGAUGACUGGAUUACCACCCUUUUAUGAUGAAAAUACGAAUGAGAUGUACCGAAAGAUUCUUCAAGAUGAAUUACGGUUUCCUGAUGACAUGUCAACCGAGGCAAGAAGUCUUUUGAGAGGACUUUUAACUCGUGAUCCUAAUGAAAGAUUAGGCAAUAAUGGAUCAGAAGAGAUCAAGAAUCACCCAUUCUUUGCAAGUAUUGACUGGCGUAAAUUGAAUCAAAAGAAACUUCAGCCACCUUAUAAGCCAUCGGUUGAAUCAGCUUAUGACACUCAAAACUUUGAUGAUGAAUUUACAUCAGAGGCACCUCAAGAAUCUCUUGUAGAUGAAUCACAAAUAUCAAGUACGAUGCAAGAACAAUUUGCUGGAUUUACUUAUAAUCCUGCUAAUGAACACAUGGGUGAAAGCUACACUGGAACAUCGGCUGUAGGAAGUGCAGGUGCUUCUCAUGGCUCUGCUUGGUAAAGUCCUCAC